CAAAACAAGGGUACCGUAUACUGCGGCUAGGCGAAGUUUCCGGAUCUGAGCUGUGUAUUGAAACAACAUUGAUGCAAUACGAAUUACGAUGUAGGUCUAUAUGCUGUCAGAUUAGAUCACAGAUGAUGAUAAGCUGAUAAGAUGUAGUCCAACCGUGAGUCAAGAUUCCAAUAUCAGGUAGUCCAAACUGAUUUAAUUGCACUCUUCUGUGAGGCUUUGAUCCUUGUGCAAGGCUUCCACCAUGCCUGGAGCAUUGAAGAAAACACUCUACAUCGGAUCCUCUCUGGAGGAACUCAACAGGAAGGUGGACCAUAACGUUACCAAGGGACAAACUUCAAAAAUAUACGCCAGAUCAGCUAACACGGUUCUCUCUGAGGCUGAGAAGGCUGAUAAAAGCCUGGAUGAGGAGCGUGCGUAUGUGCUGUUUAUGAAGUACCUCGCACUAUGGAAAGCUGUCAAAGCUGCAAAAGAUUAUAAGCAGAACAAGGAUUAUGUUGAUGCUCUUCUUGGUACUGUAGGAUGCAGGAAGGCUAUAGAUAAAGCAGAGGAACUCUCAGCAUCAUUAAAUUUAAGGUACAGCGAGCUAGAGGAAGCAAAGGAAGCAAGUAAGAAAAUAGAGGAGGAGAAGGAGAGAGUGAAAGCAAAUGGUUUAAAGGAUGGAAAAACAAAAGAUGGAGAGGAGACGGCAGUGGAGAAUGGAGUCCCUGAGGAGGAGAAAAAGGAACGGAAGAGAGAAUUGGGGAAAGACGGUGCCGUGAAUGCAAUCGUGCUGUACAAGGAGCUGGAAAGCAAUCCCAAUUCGGUUCUAAUCAUGGACGUCCGUCGAUCUGACCACUUUAAAGACUCUCACAUGACCAUUGGACAGUGUAUUAGCAUUCCGGCCGAGAUUCUCACACCCGGAAUGACUGCUGCUACAUUGGAGAAGGGUUUGGGUGAGGAAGCCAAGGUGAUGUGGAAACAGAGAACCGACAUGGAAUUCAUCGUACUUGUCGACUGGGACCAGUGCCAGAGGGCAGACUCUACUCUUGCCAUUGUUGAAGCUGCCAUGUGUAAGUGGGACUGGGGUACAACAUACAAGAAUCCACCACUGGUGUUGAAGGGUGGCUAUGAGGACUGGCUUUUCAAAUAUCCUAUGUAUACCAACAAUCCUCAAGCAAAGAAGCCUGCAGAGAAAGUGGAAGAGACCAAGGACUUACUGGCCUUUGACUACCCUGUCUUUGAUGAUGACAAGCCACCUCCCCCAGCCCUCCCUCCUCAGCAACUCAACAAUGUCCCAACAAGUCAGUCACCAUCUGAACAGAAUGGCAAUGGCAAUGGCGGCUACCAGAACAGGAUGUUCUAUAUCUCUGGGAAGCCUGGCCAGACUGGCCAAACUGGCCAAAGACCAGUAGUCAAUCGAUCCGUGAAGCCAGGAACAACCAAUCCUGAUCCAGUCACUCCUAACAGAGAUCAGACGGAUUCAUCAAGAGACAAACCUAAAUUCGCACCCGCUCCAGUAGCUAAUCUAAUCACUAAUAACCUAGAGAGCAAGACAAUUGCGCGGACACCUGAUCUUGCCAACAGUGGACCUGCAAGUAGUACUACAAAGCCAACACCCGUACACCCUGCAGUCAAUCGCAACCUGAAACCCAAGAUUGAGAACAGUGCAGCAAACCUGAAUGAGAGAGAUACUAGUGACACUGCUGCUUAUAAUACCAAUGGCUCUGAACUCUUGGAAGACAGUAAUGUGUCUUUGAAGGAGUCUUCGCUGGAGGCAGGCAAGAAGUCGGAUAUACAUUUAGAAGAGCUCAAGAAAAAAGAAGAGCAGGCAAGGAAUGACCUGAACAAGAUGCGCUAUGACAAAACUAAAGCAGAAAAUGACAAAACUAAAGCAGAGAAUGAAAAACUCAAAGAAGAAAAGCUAGAAAUGGAGAGUAACCUCUUGAAACUUCAAAAAGAACUUACAGAAGCCAAAGCAAGACAGGAACAGCGAAAGCGAACUCCACAGAAGACCUCAUCACCAAGCCAUAAUGCACAGUCCCCGUCCCCCAUGGCCAGAAAACAGGAUGCUACAGAUUCUGGAGGAAGCAGUUCAAGUGACGCAGCCCCAAGGACUGCAAGCUCCACGUCAGCAUCAAGCAAGAAGGUGGCUGACGACUCGUCUAAUGAGCCUGCUGUUGAUAGGAAUGCAGCACAACCCAAUCAGAAUUCAAAUGCUGCUUCAGCAGAGGUGAAGUCCGUUACAGGAGCUUCUUCUAGAGAGGCCAGCACGUCAUCCAGUGCUUCAUCAUCAGCUUCUGCUGCAUCACCACCACCAGUGACAGCAGCCGCAGUAGGUCCAACAUUGCCUCAGGGUUGGGAGAAGCGAUGGGAUGAGAAGAGUAGACGAUACUUCUACUUGGAUCAUAACACUAGCAAAACCCAAUGGCACAUACCAGGGGAACCAGCUCCUAAGACCAUGGCAGACCAAGGACCUAGCCGUGGUGCUAAUGCAGCGAUGGCUUCACCAAAGCCCAAAGGUGAUACCCCGUCAUCACGUCCUUCUGGUCAGGUGACCCGCAUGCCUCUCAAGUCCGACUCGGUGGAGCCUUCUGCCAAGUCCAGCGGUCUCAAGCGAUCCUACUCCUCGCCCAACAUUGCGCAGAUGGUGAUGAAUGAAGGUGAAGCAACCUUCAAUAAACCGUUUCCAUCCGUGGAUAGGAGUACCAAACCAGCAGAGAGAUCACCGCAGGCAAUAUCCCAGUUCAAGUCGACGGCUAAUAGGGCACGUCAGCUCAACCCAAUAUUUGGUAACCAGGGUCGUGCUUUGACCGGUCUCCGUAACCUUGGUAACACCUGCUUCAUGAACUCUGUGGUACAGUGUCUGAGUAAUACUACGCCCCUUGCAAAGUACUUCAUCACAGAUGACUAUCUGCAGGAUAUCAACAGAGCGAACCCCUUGGGGAGGGGUGGUGAGGUGGCAGAAGAGUUUGCGGUGGUGGUCCGUGCGAACUGGUCGGGUCAGUAUAGGUCAAUCGCACCCAGGGAUCUGAGAGACACUGUCACCAAGUAUGUACCUGAGUUCAGAAAGCAUGUUGGUCAUCAUCAUGAUUCUCAAGAGUUUCUCCUAUUCCUCCUGGACGGGCUUCAUGAAGACUUGAAUGAGGUCAAAAAACGACAGUACAUUAAGGAAGAAGACUUCAGCAAGUAUCCUGACCAUGAGGCUGCUGGCCUCUCUUGGCGGAACCAUGAGAAGCUCAACAGGUCCAUCAUCGUGAGUCUGUUCCAGGGUCAGUUCAAGUCCACGGUCCGGUGUCUGUCCUGCAACAACAAAUCGGUCAAGUUUGAGGCCUUCAUGUACCUCUCUCUACCCAUAGCCUCCAAAAGCAAAUGUAGCCUUCAUGAAUGUUUGCAGCAGUUCUCAAAGCCAGAGGAACUAACGGGAGACAAUGCCACGCACUGCACUCAUUGUAAGGGAAACCGCAAAUCAGAGAAAACAAUCCUCAUCUGGAAACUGCCACACAUACUCCUCAUACAUCUCAAGAGAUUCUACUAUGAAGGCAUGUGGCGUCAGAAGCUACAGACCAAUGUUGAUUUUCCCAAUGACCUCACGAUGGAUCGAUACGUGAUAGGUCCAGCACAGAGGAAUAUCUAUCAACUCUAUGGUGUCUCUAAUCACUCUGGAACCCUCGAUGGUGGACAUUACACUGCAUGUUGUAGGAAUGCUGUCAAUAAGAGAUGGUAUAAAUACGAUGAUCAUGAAGUCUACGAUGCCUCAAAGAGCAGUAUAAAGAGUUCAGCGGCUUACAUUCUCUUCUACUCCUCGUUACCCCUCACACCUCCAUGAGUGGGUCCAGCUAGGGAUUCAUAGCAUUCAUCAUUUUGGAGCUGUCUGUAGCGAGCGGCUGCAUGACAUGCUGCUAGCUUGUUGAGGAAUGGCGAGUGCUUGUGGGGAGUAAAACUAAUCAUCUAUCCAGGAAUAAAUGGCUUACUAUUAAUAGAUAGAUAUACAUACAAAGUUGCUCUCCCUCUCUCGCUUGUGUUUACCCCUCUCUAUCCCUUUCUUCUUUUCUUUGAUUCGUCUCUUCCCUUUUCUGUAUUUCUUUUUUUUCCCUCUCUUUAUCAUAGGUUUUCCCUAAAGAGUUCGCUUUCUCUCACUCUCUCUCCCUUUCCCUCUCCCCGCACCCCUUUUCGUAUUCCAUUCCCCAGCUAGUAGAGGCCAGUUUUUCUAAUGAGCCAAACAGUCACGUUCCUAAUCAAGAUUACUUUGCUGCUUGUGGGAAUGGUUUGUCUAAGAACAUGUAUGAGAUUUCAGGUAUUCUUAAUAUAAUAUAAAUGAAUACUUAGAUUUUGCCAGGUCCAUAGGUUCAGUUGUUAUGAAUGAUACUUCAGAGUUUUUAAUCCAUGAAAUAGCUCUAUUCCUUUCCUGAGAAUAUCAGAAAGUUUUGUAGUGACUCAAAAAUUAGACAUAGAUUAUUAGAGAUGAUCUUUACUAUGGCAAAUAAUAUUUGAAAAACAAAACUGCAAUAUUCUUGAUAUCCAAAUGAGAACACAUAUUGUAUGUAUAUUUUGGACUCCAAAUGUUUCUUAUUUAAAAUGCAUAUAUGUAUGUAUCAAUUACCAGGUGUGUAAAAACAAAACAUAUUUGAUAUAUACCAGGUGUUUUGUCCAUUUCUUAUAAACAACAGCUGUGAAGUUUAUGAAUCAUAUUUUAUUAUAAGUGUAACUGUGGUCUUGUAAGCCAUGAACAUUUGAAAGAGUACGGUAGUCCAGAAUUGAUGAAAGAAUUCAUUUCUUACGAUGAUCUUUAUUUAUGAUGAGGUGUUGUAGGAAUAUUUGAUUGUGCAAUCAGGAAUGACAUGCUAGUCGCAUUGUCAUUCUCAUCUAAUAUUAUUCUUGUCCUUGCCCUAUAUAUGUGGUUGGAUAUCUGAAAUUAGCUCGUGGACUGAGAAUUUUAAUACUGAAUUUAAUGUUAGAUAAUGAAUUUAUUUGAACCUGCAUUGUAUUCUUUCCUUAUGAUGAUAAUUGUAAUUGUGAAGUGUGUAUGUCAACAGAAAAUUUUGUUAUAUUUCGAACAAAUGUAUACUGUGGUUUUAUACUUUGUUAGUUUUCUUGACAUGUUCUCUCUCGCCUUCCAUGAAAAAAAGAAGCCAUGUAUAAUAUGCUUCAAACUUUAUUUAUUUCAUGAUAAGAAAUGAAGGGAGAGUUAAUUUGGUUAUCUCCUGAUGAUGUUAACCAUAUGUUUUUAUUAGAUUACUCAUACAGAAAACAGACGCUUUUCAAUCAAAUACAGACAAACAAAUUGAACAUGUGGUGUUCCUGAAUUUGUCUGUAGUUGUCGAACAUGAUCAAGGAAAUGAUGCUGAUUAGUUAUAUUUAUGUCUCUGUUUCUACUGCAUUUGGUCAUGACGAGUGGAAUGAAUUCCAGAUUUUAGUUAAUUAUAAAUUGCAUAGCUGUAUUGUACUGUAGAUGAAUAAUUGUUUAAAGAUUUUAAUCUCCUUUUAUCAACAAUCAAAUGUAUUCUACGUCUCCUAUUAUUUUUGAUAUAUUUUCACAUUGAUUUGUCGGUUAGCAGGCUAGCCAUGCAUUUUACUGUGCUGUAAGAGAAAUCACAAUACGAGUGAUCGUAACUAUAUAAGUUCUCCUUAAAUUAAGACAAAAUUCUCUGCUACAGAGAUUGAGGAAUAAAGGGCGUACAUUUUAGAAUGAUAACACCGUCUCUUCUUUCUACAUUCAGGAUUCAAACAUAACGCCGAUUAUUGUCAUAAAGUGCUUUAAAAAAAAAAGAUGAUUUGUAAAAUUCUAUCUUUGUUUCAUGAUUAUUUUUUUCGCUCCAUACUGUAGCCGUGUUUAAAAUGUUUUCAAUUUAAUUCAUCUAACACUGAAGGAGAUGAACCUACAAAAAAAAUUAAAGAGCAGAGACAUGUCUGUAAAUUUCAUUUACAGCUCCAUUGUCAUGUGAAUUUAGUCAUGUGUAUGUAAAUUUGUAAGUGUGUAGAAAGAACUAUGAAAGUACCAUUUUCCUCAUGUAUGCUUACUAAAUGUACUGUUAUAUAUAUUCACAACGCCUUCGCAUUGUAUAAAUUUCUCUGUGCACCAGUUUAUAAAGGAUUAUAAAGAUAAAAAAUAAUGUGUAUAUUCAAAGUUAGAAUAAAACAAAUCAUACUAA